AUGGCUUCAGAAGAUCAAGAGAAACGCACUUUGCACCUCGUUGGCAUUGGAGUCGGCCACUCCAUCGCUCCACCAAUGCACAACCAUAUUGCUAAGUCUCUCGGGCUCCCAUGGACGUUGUAUGCUACAGAAUGUGCUACCCUCGAUGACCUAAUGGACCUUGCUCGCAAAGAUACGACAUCCGGUCUGGUCGUGACAAUGCCUUACAAGAACGCCAUCAUUCCUCGUCUCGAUGCAUUAGACGACCUUGCUGCCACUAUCGGCGCUUGCAACAACACCUACCGAGACUGGGAAGAUCCCAAAAAGCUACGUGGAACAAACACUGAUUGGCGCGGCAUCAAGGGCUGUCUUCUUGAGAAAGCCGACCAAGCUGGUGUGCCGGUUCUGAACAAGCCAGCAUUGGUCGUUGGUGCUGGAGGAGCUAGUCGAGCAGCUGUUUAUGCGCUCAGUUCAUACUUCCAAUCCUCAAAUAUCUACGUGUUGAACCGUGAUGAGCAGGAAGUCAUCGAUCUCAUACAAGACUCUCAGAAGCUUUCACCUGUGCCGACUAUCAUUCACGUCAAAGAGGGAGAGGCCCAGAAACUUGAGACACCAUACUACGUUGUCGGUACUGUGCCUGACUUUGAACCUCAGACGCCAGACGAGCUUGCUGUCAGAGCCAAUCUGGAGGAGUUCCUAUCUCGUCCUGAGAAAGGAGUUCUGCUUGAUAUGUGCUUCAAGCCUAGACGGACGAGAAUGAUCAAGUUGGCGGAACAGAAGGGCUGGCCCACUGUGGAAGGGACGCAUGUAAUUGGGUAUCAGAUUGAGGAGCAGUGGAGACUUUGGGCUGGUGAGGAGAGGGUUAAGAAACUUGAUAGGGAGGGAGCGUGGAAGGUUCUCAUUGAUUCGGCUGAGAAGAGCCCUGGCAUUAACUUUUAA